CAUACUCUUCCACUCAUCCCAAGCAAACAUAUAUAAGUUUCUCUCUUCCUCAAAAACACAAAGAAAUCAAAAGAGGAAGUGAGAUUAAUAUACAUAAGAUGGGUGGAUUAACAUGUUGUGAGAAAGUUAAUGCAUGGUUAAGAAACUCAAAGGACUAUUUGCUUAUAAUAAGCUUGCAAUUUGGUUCUGCUGGCAUGUAUGUUCUCACCAUGGAUGCUCUUAAUAAGGGAAUGAGUCAUUAUGCUUUUGUGGUUUAUCGUAAUGUUAUUGCCACUGUUGCUCUUGCUCCAUUCGCAUUUUUUCUCGAAAGGAAAAUUAGGCCAAAGAUGACAGUGCGAAUAUUUUCUGAAAUUAUGGCACUGGGUUUUGUUGAGAUAAUACUUGAUCAAUGUUUCACGUUCUUGGGAAUGAAGCUAACAUCAGCAUCUUUUGCAUCUGCUGUUAUGAAUUCCGUACCCUCCAUCACCUUUGUACUUGCAAUCUUAUUUAGAUUGGAGAGGAUGAAACUUAGGGAGAUAGGAUGUCAAGCUAAAGUGAUUGGCACAGUGGUGAGUCUUGGAGGUGCUUUUCUUAUGGCACUAUACAAAGGUCCUGUUCUUCAAAUUGCUGGCUCUUCAGCAGCAACACAGAUGCACCAUCCUGAAAAUGUGAAUGAUCCAACUGGUUCACAUUGGCUCCUUGGUGCAUUGUUCCUCCUCAUCGGUUGCGCCGGCUUCUCCGCUUUCUACAUUUUACAAGCCAUAACAUUAAAAAAGUAUCCAGCAGAAAUGUCUCUUGCCACGUGGGUUUGUUUUAUUGGUGCACUUCAAAGCAGUGCAGUAACUAUUUUCAUGGAGCGCCACAGCCCGGAAGCUUGGGUUUUGGGCCUAGACUCUAGACUCUUCGCUUCGUUAUACGCGGGGAUAGUAACUUCAGCAAUUCAAUUUUAUGUGCAAGGUUCUGUAAUUAAAACUAUGGGACCUGUUUUCGUGACGGCUUUUAAUCCUCUUCGAAUGAUCAUAGUCACAGCCUUAGCUUGUCUCUUUCUCUCCGAAAAACUUCACCUCGGAAGCAUUGUUGGAGGAGUGGUGGUGGUUACCGGACUAUAUCUUGUCGUAUGGGGCAAAUCUAAGGAACAAAAAAGUAUUAUCUUAGAAGAAGAGUCCCCGCAAAAGAUCGCCAAGCAAGGACAACAACAAUUACCGAUUACGGUCUCUAAAAUUGAUGACAAUGUUGAUGUUAAGAAAACUCAAUCAGUCACGAUUGAAGAUCCAACAAGUAUAGAGAGACAGUGAUCACAACAAAAUUAAGUGGUCACAUUGUUGGAAUGUUUGUGACACUGGCCUAGGAACAUCUUGUGUUGUAUUAUAAAUAUUCAUCACAAAAUUUGGAUGGUUUUGUUUUUGUUUUUGUUUUUGAGUUUUACUUCUGCAUUUAACAAAAUAUGAAAGGGAUGGGGUAUCUUCCUUUUGUAUUGCAUUGUUGACUUUAACACAAUAUAUAAAUAAAAAACUUUAGGCUUCUUGUUCA